AUGGAGAUGAUGAAAACAACCAAGGCAGAGGAGUUGGUGCAGAGUCAGAUGCGCCGGGAGAUCAAGAGUUUCGAUGAUGAAGACCUUUGGGAAGAAUUUCACCAGGAGGAAAUUGAUAGGGUCCUGAGUGGUGAAAUCGAACCCAAGACCUUGAUCACCAGUUAUGGUUUCCAAUUUACUCGAGUUCCUCAGAGGGGAGCUUUGAUUGCAUGGGAGAUGCUCUCGGUGUGCCCGAAUUCUAGUGACUCUAACUGGGAGUUCGGGAGUCCAUACUCGUUAAAAGAGGAUCAAGCAAGUCCCGCUGGCCGCCCCUAUCCGGAGCUUCACAUGGAUCAUUUUACAUCUCCGGCCAGUGUUGGCACAGCCAGAUUGAUACAAUCACUUUUCCCCAAGGCCACUCAUCCCCCUCGAAAGAAUAUUGCGUAUUUCCAGAACCAAAAUGGUCAUAUCUAUUACCGACAUGAUUGGCUCCACGUUGAGAAAGCAGCCCUUGAAGGAGGAAGGCCAAAGGUUACCAGAAAGGUUGUGUACUUUGUCAUCGGUCGACACAUUCUCAGCCCGAUUAUAUCCAAAUCUACCAGAUCUAGCUUCUCCGACCUCACCAACCUGCUCGUCUCUCUCCGACACAACAACACCACUGUCAAACUCUUCCCACCACUACCUCCCUUCACUGCUGUGUUUUCAUUGGCCAAAAUCGUCCAUCAUCGCUCUGAAGUCUUUCCCGGAGUCGAUUUGCAGUUUAACCUCCGAGCUCUGCUCAAUCUAUGGGCUGAGCUCAUCAUUUCCCGCUCAAGCUCCACCUUAUUCAUGCUUUUGUGUAGCGGUCGACACGUUUUCAUGCUAUUCACUGUCACAUCUACCGGAUUAUCUGCCGGGUUAUCAUCAGAUUAUUCCGACUUGGGUUCAAAAGUACUCCUAACUUGCUGGCGUAUCUCUAAUCCUACAUCGGUCGUUCAAGAGUAUCACCAAUCUACUGGAGUACCUUUGAACUUGCCUCUUUCCAUUAUGGAGAUCGACUCUAAACGCUUAACAGCCUUGACGGCGUCACCACGAGCUAUUCAUCUUGUUCACCCGCUUUCAAUAGCAAACGAACUGGAGAUUGUUUUCAAAACGAUCAUUAAAGCUUUUUUGAAGAAGCUUCCCGUUUUUAUCAUUGAUCUAAACUGUCUAACCUAUCCUUUUAUUGCUUUGUAUUUUAUUUCUGCAUCAAGUUGUUUUUACUUUUUGGCAAAGAAUUUUCAGCUUCCUUCUGUAAUCGCUGUUUAA